GCCCUCUCACAUGACAGCAUCACGUGACAUUGAUCCCGUGACGUCUUGUAGCAAUUUGACAGCAGAGGCAGCAGUUUAAAGGUCCUAAUAAAUAAGAACUCAAGAUGGAUAUCCGAGGGGCAGUGGACGCUGCCGUCCCUACCAAUAUCAUCGCAGCAAAGGCCGCAGAGGUCCGAGCAAACAAGGUCAACUGGCAGUCCUACCUCCAGGGCCAAAUGAUCUCAGCUGAGGACUGUGAGUUCAUUAAAAAGUUUGAGAUUGCCAGGUCUGAGGACAAGCAAGCAGUUCUGACAAAAGAAGGACAUCAGUGUGCAAAGACCUUCCUCAACCUUAUGGCUCAUAUAUCUAAAGAGCAAACUGUUCAGUACAUCCUGACCCUGAUUGAUGACACGCUGCAGGUAAAAACACAAAAUGGCUUUAGAAAACUACAUGGUACAGGUGCUGAACCUGGAACAGGGACCAUCUCCCCCAGUGAAAGCUCCCAGUAUGUUCAGUGCGUUGCUGGUUGCCUGCAGCUGAUGCUGAGAGUGAAUGAAUACAGAUUCGCCUGGGUGGAGGCUGAUGGAGUGAACUGCAUCACGGCAGUGUUGAGUAAUAAGUGUGGCUUCCAGCUGCAGUAUCAGAUGAUCUUCUGUGUGUGGCUCCUGGCAUUCAGCCCGCAACUCUGCGAACAGCUGCGGCGCUACAACGUGGUACCGGCACUCUCCGACAUCCUCCAAGAGUCUGUCAAAGAGAAGGUUACUCGCAUAAUCCUGGCUGCUUUCAGGAACCUGCUGGAGAAAUCCGCUGAGAGAGAGACCCGUCAGGAGUAUGCUCUUGCCAUGAUCCAGUGCAAAGUGCUCAAACAGCUGGAGAACCUGGACCAGCAGAAAUAUGAUGAUGAGGACAUCACCGAUGACAUCAAGUUCCUCCUGGAAAGAUUGGGAGAGAGCGUUCAGGAUCUCAGUUCUUUUGAUGAGUACAGCUCUGAGCUGAAGUCUGGCCGUCUGGAGUGGAGUCCAGUGCACAAAUCGGAGAAGUUCUGGAGGGAAAACGCUGUUCGCCUGAAUGAGAAAAACUAUGAGCUGCUGAAGAUACUGACCAGGUUGUUGGAAGUGUCUGAUGACCCUCAGGUUAUUGCCGUUGCAGCUCACGACGUGGGGGAAUACGUGAGACAUUACCCUCGUGGCAAGAGGGUGAUUGAACAGCUAGGUGGUAAACAACUAGUGAUGAACCACAUGCAUCAUGAAGACCAGCUUGUCCGCUAUAAUGCCCUGCUGGCUGUUCAGAAGCUCAUGGUGCAUAACUGGGAGUACCUGGGGAAGCAGUUGCAGUCCACCGAGCAGUCGACUCCAGCUGUGGCUGCACGAAGCUGAACUGCUGCUGUGCUUGUGUGUGAGCCAGUGUGUUUGAUCCCGUGUUCUUGGUGUGAAUGUAAAUCUGUGCAGUAUAGAAUGAACACGUUAAACAAAAGCAGAAUUGAUGUAUUGAACCCUAAAUUUAUGAUUUGCUUCUUCUUUAUUGUGCUCUAUGUCGUUGUGUAAAGUUGUGCGUCCUUAUAAUAAAAUCACAUUUUACAAGUGAUCGGAACAGUUCACAGUAAUAUUAAAUGUUAUUUAUGUCUUCAGUGUAAAACAAAGAGCAUGCAUUCCAAUAAAGACUCUACCCUGA